AUGUCCACCCCGGACCCCCAAUUACAACCUGAAGACCAAUCCCUCCAACAAGAACAACCAACAAUACAAAACCGACUCCCAGUCCACACCCACCACUGCCGCUUCUGCAACCACCUCCUCCUCGCAACAACCCGCGACAUCCCCUCCCUCCCACGCCGCAAACACCCCGCCAAAGACAAAGCCAUCAUCUGCCCCCUCCCAACAUCAAAUACCUCCGAGGACACCGACUCCUCUAACCUACAGGAACACUACACCAUCCUCCUUUCGACAACGAUACCGGAUCGCAAGGCGACGCUCGUGCGGCGCGAGGACGGCUUCGAGAAGAGAUUGUUUCUGCGGUGUGGACGGUGUCGGGUUGUGGUGGGGUAUUUCUUGGACCGGGUGCUUUUUCCGAUGACUUCUGUUGCUGCUUCUGCUUCCGGGGGUGAUGGGGAGGGCGAGGAGGACGAGAGGAAGGAGAAGGUCGUUUAUUUGCUCCCGGGGGCGUUGAUGGAGACGGGGGUCAUGGGGGAUGAGGGGAGGUUGAAGGGGGUUGAUGAUGAGUGGAGGGAGUGGAGGGUGGAGGUUUAG